AUGACUUUAGUCUCGAACGAUCCCAGUUGGUGGCCAACCAUCGAUCAGAAUAUUUUUUACAGCUAUUUCGUAGUUGUCUCCUGUGCUGCGGUCAUAUACGAUUGGGGACUUACGUUCGCACAAGAGGUGGAACUAAUCUGGAGGCAACGGUGGUCUAUGAUGACCGUUUUGUAUCUCACUGCACGAUAUGUUGCAAUAGGAUUCUCUCUGGUUAACAUGUUGAUCAGUCUUCCAACGAUUCCAAAGACAGAUGUAGGUUGCCUUAUCAUGAUCGAGGUAAUUAAUUGGACGAAUGACAUCGUAUAUAUAAUACUCGGCGUCAUCGCGAUCGCUCGAUUGCAUGCCAUGUAUCAGGGAUCUAGAAAGGUGCUGAUAUUUCUUCUCGUCGUCUUUCUGGCCAUCAGAAUCUCCAUGGAAGUGAUAAAUGCAAUAAUGACGACGCAGCUUACAGGGGAGGAAUACAUUCUUUCCGGCAUCUAUAAGUGCAGAAUUGGGUAUCCGGGAGAUUCCAUAUUUCUGGAUGCCGUGUCUUGGAUACUUGGCACUGUAUGGGAGGUCCUUACACUGUGUCUCGCGGUCUGGAUUGCUGUCAAGAACUACCGUGAACUACGAGGACGCCCAACAGGAGGUAUUAUGAAGGACUGUUUCACGGUGUUAAUGCAAACUCACAUUAGUUACUUUGCAAGUUUUGCGUGCGCUAGUUUUUUGGUUGUCUCUUCCCUCCAGAUCAGUUUUCUCUCUCCAAAGUUCUUACCGAACGAAUAUUCCUUUGGCGUUCAAUUGUAUAUUUGUCUCAUUCAAAUAUUCCAGACGGUGCAGCUGUCUGUACUGGGACCACGCCUCAUCCUUAGCGUUCGAGAGUAUAACGCUAAGAUCGUGACCGACUCCGACACAGGAAGCAAUAUGACUUCAAUCGCUUUCCAGGAACGCCUCCAUGUGGAAACUAGUAGAAGCGUAUAG